AUGGCGACCUCAAACAAUCCGCGAAAAUUCAGCGAAAAAAUCGCUCUGCACAAUCAGAAGCAGGCAGAAGAGACUGCGGCAUUUGAAGAGGUUAUGAAGGAUCUCAGUAUAACACGCGCUGCCCGGUUGCAGUUGCAGAAGACCCAGUAUUUGCAACUAGGGCAGAAUCGCGGUCAGUGCUAUGGAGGUUCACUUCCUAAUGUCAGUCAGAUUGGAAAUAAUCUCCCUCUUCAGACGGCAGUGCUGGACACCAGUCGCACCACGCGACACCACGGCCUGGUGGACAGGGUGUACCGCGAUCGAAACCGCAUCACCUCCCCUCACCGCAGGCCCCUGGACAAACACGGACGCCAGAUUGACAGCUGCCCUUACGGUUCCGUCUAUCUCUCCCCUCCUCCUGAUACCAGCUGGAGAAGGACCAACUCUGAUUCAGCUCUACACCAGAGUGCCAUGAAUCCAGCUCCACACGACGCGUUUGCCGGAGGGUCUCAAGAAAUGCAGCCGAAACGAGUUCUCGUUCUCACGACUCCGAAGGCAGAGGAAGGAGAAACUGAGAUGGAAAAGGAUGAACUGAAACAGACACUGCACCCCAAGUCUGGUGACGUCCCUGGAAUAAAUAUCUUUCCGUCACCUGACCAAGAGAUGACCGCAUCGUUAAUGCCAGCUGCUCACAGUACGGGUGGUUCUCUGCCCGACCUGACCAACAUCCAGUUUCCUCCUCCGCUCCCUACUCCUCUGGACCCCGAUGACACCACCUACCCCGCUCCUGCCACCUCCAGUGGCACUGCCAACCUUACACACCUGGGCAUCAGCGCUGGUAGCCACGGGGUCGCGACCUCUGAGGCGACACUGAGUGGCCCAGGACAGCAGAGGCAACAGACCCCAGCUCCACUUCCACUGAGCACAGACGGCCAGCAACAGCUCUCCCCAACACUCCCACCACAGAUACCCAACACACAGGCUGUGACACUGGACGGCCUGUCCCUGGAUCAGCAGUUGUCCCAGUAUUCACUGCUGACUCUGCUGAGCGACCUGCAGAAGCAGCAGCCAGCCCUCCCCCAGAACAUCCGCCUGAUUCAGCUCCCUCCCCUCGCCGUCAGCACCGCCUCCAGCAUGGCCCCCCCCGCCGCCCUCACCCAGACGCACUCCACUGCCAACGCCAACGCCAACACGUAUCGCAAUCAGACCGGGUCGCCCGCCAAUCAGUCUCCGACCUCUCCGGUGUCCAAUCAGGGCUUCUCGCCUGGAGGCUCGCCUCAACACAUUCCGGUGGUGGGCAGUAUAUUCAGUGACUCGUUCUACGAGCAUCAGCUAGCAUCCAGACAGACCAACGCUCUGUCCCAUCAGCUGGAGCAGUUCAACAUGAACCUGAUUGAAAACCCAAACAGUUCCAAUAACCUGUACAGUCAGUGCUCCACCCUCAACUACACACAAGCUGCCAUGAUGGGCCUCACUGGGAGUCAAGGAAGCCUUCAGGACUCACAGCAGCUUAGCUACAGUAACCAUGGCAACAUUCCCAACAUCAUUCUCACAGUGACCGGGGAAUCCCCGCCUAGCCUCUCAAAGGAGCUCACCAACUCGUUGGCAGGCGUGGGUGAUGUAAGCUUUGAUGCGGACUCUCAGUUCCCAUUGGAUGAGCUGAAGAUCGACCCCCUCACCCUAGACGGACUGCACAUGCUCAACGACCCGGACAUGGUUCUGGCCGACCCCGCCACCGAGGACACGUUCCGUAUGGACAGGCUGUGA